AUGUCCGUUGACCUCCAGCCAUCUGAACUGGGCUUCAGGCGCCCCUUUAAUCGCGAAGUCACCGAAAUACUCAAGCUCACAAAUUGGAACGGUGCUCCUGUUGCUUUCAAAGUCAAGACUACUGCCCCCAAGCAAUAUUGCGUGCGACCAAACUCUGGCAUGAUUCAACCCAAUGAUACCGUCGAGGUGCAAGUUCUCCUACAAGCCAUGAAAGAAGAUCCUCCUCUAGAUGCCAAAUGUCGGGAUAAAUUUCUUGUUCAAUCCGUCCUGACCUCUCCUGAUCAAGACCCAAAUGUCACAACUCUCUGGCAAACAGUUGAGAAGACUGCGAAAAGUUCGAUACAAGAGCGAAAGAUCCGCGUCAAUUUCCUUCCUGCUGCAGAGGCUCCAACACCAAACGGUGUCUCGUCUCAUGAAGAACAACCACCGGCAUACUCUUCUCCAUCUUCGCAAUUUGGUUCUCCGGCUCCACAAUCCUCAUCCGUCACACAGGCCGCUGAGACCGCCAAAACAUCCGCCGCAAAUGCCGCUGACGCGAGCGGAGUUACUGCUGUCGCAGCGGCCGCAGCGGCCGUUUCCCAUGCUAUGCCAAUGUCGAGCGAAGAGUUGAAAGAACAAUUAGCAGCCGCAAAGGACCAGAUCCAAAAAUUGACCAGCCAAUUGCAAGAUACACAAUCCCGACAAAGGAAGGUUCAAGAAGCAGGCGAGAAGGUCCAAACAGUUGUUCAACAAAGCCACGAGACGGGAGUACCCCUACAGAUUGUGGCAGGGCUCUGCUUGCUCAGCUUCCUCAUUGCUUACCUUUUCUUCUGA